AGGAGGUACAGGAGGAGACUGGAUCUUCCGCGUCCAGGCCAACUGCGACGGAGCUCGGCCUGACGGUCCGGCGAAGCCCCAGCACCGGGGGGACCGCAGCGACAGCUCCCCGUGGCUGUUACGCUCGACAUCGUUGGCGGUUGCUGGUGACACCGUGGAGGGAGCCGGCCAAGCCCGCAGCGCGUUCGCGUCUCCGCCGUGGUACCGCAUCUGCAGCUGUCAGGCUACCACCGACAAGGAGCUCGGAGUUAGCGGCUCGGUACAGCUGGAUCUAAGAAAACGCAUUUCGGACCUUUGAUCGAGAUAAGACCGACUUGAGGAGGCGGCGAGGCGGCCGGAAAGCCACGGAUCGCCAGUUGUCCAGUUGUCAUCAUGGGCAACGCGCCCACGGCCAGGAAGGGCAACGAGAUGGAAAGCGUCAAGGAGUUCCUUGCUAAAGCCAAAGAGGACUUCCUCAAGAAGUGGGAGAGUCCUGCACAGAACACUGCUGGCCUGGAGCAGUUUGAGAGGUUGAAAACCCUGGGCACGGGCUCGUUUGGCCGCGUUAUGCUGGUGAAACACAAAGAAACGGGACAGCAUUAUGCCAUGAAGAUCCUAAACAAGCAGAAGGUGGUGAAGCUCAAACAGAUAGAGCAUACUCUGAAUGAGAAAAGGAUUCUUCAGGCUGUCAGCUUUCCUUUUCUGGUGCGGUUAGACCACUCAUUCAAGGACAACACCAACCUCUACAUGGUGAUGGAAUAUGUGCCGGGUGGAGAGAUGUUCUCCCAUCUACGGAGAAUUGGCAGAUUUAGUGAACCUCAUGCUCGGUUCUACGCUGCUCAGAUCGUCCUGACCUUUGAAUAUCUGCACGCUUUGGACCUGAUCUACAGAGACCUGAAACCUGAGAACCUGCUCAUAGACCAACAGGGCUACAUCCAGGUGACAGAUUUUGGCUUUGCCAAACGUGUAAAGGGCCGGACCUGGACACUGUGUGGCACCCCAGAAUAUCUGGCCCCAGAGAUUAUUCUCAGCAAAGGGUAUAACAAGGCAGUGGACUGGUGGGCGCUGGGCGUGCUCGUUUAUGAGAUGGCAGCAGGAUACCCCCCCUUCUUUGCUGACCAGCCCAUUCAGAUCUAUGAAAAAAUCGUAUCAGGGAAGGUUCGUUUCCCAUCUCACUUCAGUUCAGACCUGAAGGACCUUCUGAGGAAUCUACUACAGGUUGAUCUCACAAAACGUUACGGGAACCUCAAGAACGGGGUCAACGACAUCAAGGGACACAAGUGGUUUGCGACCACCGACUGGAUUGCCAUCUUCCAGAAAAAGGUGGAAGCUCCCUUCGUCCCCAAGUUCAAAGGACCAGGUGACACCAGCAACUUCGACGACUACGAGGAGGAGGAGAUCCGCGUCUCCUUCACUGAGAAAUGUGCCAAGGAGUUUGCUGAGUUCUAGAGUUAAAAGAGCGACAGAGGAAGAGAGAAAGGAAGUAGGGAGAGUCACAGGUAGGCUGGUCAAGUGGGAGACCUGGGGAGAGAGCCCUGUCUCCUGUCCAAUCACAAGCACCAGCUACAAAAAAGAGGGGAAAAUGGGAUAGAGAAUGGGAAAAAGAACCAGGAGACUGAUAACCAGCAGUGUUGCCUUUUCUGUUGCUGUUUUUGUUGUACUUUAUUUAUUAUUCUGUCUUAUUUAUGAAUCCCUUUAUAAUGAACGUGUGCUUCAGAUUCAUGGGUGUCGGGACCCUCACUUAAUUAGAGUUGCCUCCACACAAGGCCCCCCCCCCCCCCCCCCCCUCUUUUAUCAUUUCCUUCAUCGUUUGUUCACUUCUGCACCAGAACAUAGAGACAUCAGUCUGUUCCAACCUCCAGUCUCUAAGUCAUGACAUAAAGCCAAUCAAGUCUUGUACAAGCCGAAGUCUCAGUCUGCACAAAGGUUUCUUCAAUUUAAAACCGACUUCUCACCCGCACUUUGCGUUCAUAGCGGGACGAGCAUGCUAAUAAGUCAAUUUAAAGGCGUCUCACACACGUAUGCACUUUCAGCUUAAAUGACUAUAUGUUUGGAAGUUUAGGUUUAAUUUUCCUGUAAGAUGUAAUCAUGGCGCCUCUCAAAUCAUAGACAACAUACUUUUACUGUAUGUCUGUGGUAUGAUGAGCCAAUAAAGAAGCAAUCAGCAAUGGGUCAUCAGCUCAAAGUCAUUGUAGAUGACACCUAAGGGGGAAAAAGUAUUGAAUUUCAGUGUAACCCCAUAUUUAUUUCUUGUCAUUGUUAGCAUAGCCCGGCCUUGUGCACAUGUACAGCACUCAACUUUUAAAUGUUAUUAGAUUCUAGUGGCUCUAAUGAUGUCAUGUCACGCUAACAAACGAGGGAAUAACGAGAAGGGAACAUCAUGGAAAAUAUCUCAGUUUUAUCUGUGUUUCUGAGGAACACUGUUACAUAAUGGUAUCUCAGGUUUGAACAUAUCACUCAAUAGACAUCCUAUCAAGGCAAGUCGUCAGGAUCAGAAGGUUAAGAAGGCGUGCUUCCGUCGUUCGUUCUCCCCCUUCCAGAAGAAUUGCUUUUGCUAACGUUAAUGACUCUGUUUGGUCUUGAAGGCAAUUGCUGUCUCUGCUCAGAGCUACUAGUCAAGUUGAUUGUGCAUGUGGAAUCAACAAUUUGACCCUUUGUCAUUUCUAAAUGAACGAGACCAUGUGAGGCAGACUACCUCAAACUGCUUCUGGUCAACACAACUCUUUGACCAGUCAUUGGUGGCGCUGUGGAUAGUGUGCUUUGGCUCUAUGGUCUUCUAUAGAAACUUGUGUUUAUUUUCAUCUCCCCCAGCUGCCACCCCUCCUCCUUUCGGACUACACUCAAUGUGACAGUCUUAACCCCUUUUCCACUGGUCAAUAAGUCCACUCACACCUGCUAACAUCUGGCUUUUGCCUGCAAUGAGGAAACAAUCUGCAGUUAAUCCCGGAUCAAACAACUCUCCGCUCCGGUCAGCAGUGUUGGAAACGUGACACCCAGGUGAACGCGCUAAUUUGGCAAGAUAGCGAUGCGAGAGUGCCUCUGUGUGUUUGGGACGUUAAAUAUGUGAGAAAAUUGAAAGGCAAUCUCCUCUACUGGCAAUGGGAAAAGAGAUAAUUGUGUUUUUUGUUAAUUUACCCACGUUUCAAAAAACCUGUGUAUACCCACUAAUUUUGUUGUAAAGACGUAUUAUAUGUUACAGCAACUCUGUGUUGAAAACAUGCGUAGGUUUUGCUUUGUUUCAUUUUUUCAUGUGGUGAUGAAGUAAAGAGGACUUGGUAAUCCGUUGAACUAGGUUAGGAGAAGGCAGAGCAGCUGCAGCAUAUCCUAGCUAAUGUGCUGAGAAUUAACUAAAAAUGUUCCUAGUGCACAGUGUGGAACCGGCUAUUUAAGUACACGACACAUAGCACUUCAGGUGUACAGCAUCUCCUUAACUCCUGAACUAUGACAGCAGAGGACUUAAGCAGAGCCCCAAAAAGUUGUAAUUGUUGGAUUCAUUCAUUCAGAAUUUCAUCUAUGAGAAAGCUGUACUUUAAUGUGUGACCAUCAUCAACACAAUUGACAAUAAUUGAUCAUUUGGUUCAUACAGGCCUUGUUUUACUCACUUUUUAUUCACUUUUGUCUUUCCUGUCCAAACUGGUUCAGAUAUUGGGGGGAUAUUACAAGCAUUUUCUCAAAGUUACACAUUUGUAAUGUGUAGCUAUAUGUAUGUAUCAUUUGUCAUUUUAAUGAUUUUCAAUUUGCAGCUUGAGCCGAACGAUCCAUUCCAGAUUAAAUUUAGGUUUAUGUAGCUCAGUUUCCAUGGCUGAAUUAACCUGAUAUUUGGGGGAUGGGCCCAACUCAAAAUACCAAUUCUCCCAUUAUCUGUACAUUUUGUACAGUUGUGAAAUUUUUGAAUAUUCUAUGGCCCCAGGUUCACUGAUUGAUUUGAACUGAAACUAAUUGGGAAUAUGUACCAUGUAAACACAUAUCAGCUGAAUUAAUAAGGGUCUUAAAAGGCCACUCCAUUGAGGUCUUACUUCACUUCCAUAAAAUAUUACGUUCGCAGCCUGUAGGCUGACACUUCUUUUUGAUGUAGUGGUUAGCAAUGCCGCCUUAUAGCGAGGCAGUUCCUGGUUUGAAUCCCAGGUUUGGCCAGGGAUUUUGAGACAUAGUAAUGGAACGAAGCCUGCAAAUCAAAUAAUGAAGCAAGAUCCACCUUAAGACCCCUCAUAAUGUCAGCUGAUGCCCAAGUCUGGCAUAUUCCCCCAACAGUUCAUCAAAUUCAACACCAUGAGAGCAGUGAACCUGGGGCAACGGAACAAGUCAACGCGACUUGUGACCAAUUGGGUCCAUUACACUCCCGACGCUGUCCACCACUGUUUCACCACUUUUCAUAUUCCACCAAGUACAGAGGUGAAGCUGCUGCAAAAAGUAUCAACCUGAAGUCAACACCAUAUCAGCAUACACCCCUUCAUUUUGUCAGCAGCUCACUUAUAGGGUGUUAUGGUCUGAUUUACAAACCGCUCUUUGAUUAUUAUUAUUAUUGUUUUUAUUAUUAUUAUUAUUAUUAUUGUCAUGACAUUGUAAACCACUUGUCGAGACGUCACAAUUGCUGUAUUUCCUCCAUGUCCAGUUCAAUGUUGACUCUUUCAUCAUCAUGGACAAAACGUUUGAAGUUAUAAAACAAUAUUAUUCUCUGUGCCGUCUGUGUUUUUUGCAGUGAUACUGACUUCCUCCCUCUCGAUGCAGGCACAAUGCUGGUUCAUACUGUCGCACUUUUUAGGGAAAUAAGACCCCCCUCCCAAUGUAAACCAUGUUAUUUCCCCCACCCCUGCCACACACAUACAUGCACACACGCAGACACACGCAGACACACACUGCAAAUGGAAGCGUUUAAAGUCACGGGAUCAGUGGCGUAAAAAAAAAACAUGAAGUGUAAUAUUUUGCAACAUUAGUAUCAUUCCAAUAAAGUUUUACUGGUGAAAUUCUA